AUCCCUUAUGGAUAUAGAUGCAAAAAUCCUCAACAAGCUUUCCGGUGGUGACAAACUUCCCACAAGAACAUGCCCCUUGAAAAGGACCUUCUCCACCAGUCCACAAAAGAGGAGAUGAGGAAGCAUAAGAAGAAGUGCCUGGUGCAGAGCCCCAACUCCUACUUCAUGAAUGUGAAGUGCCCAGGAUGCUACAAAAUCACCACCAUCUUUAGCCAUACACGAACAGUAGUUUUGUGUGUUGGCUGCUCCACUGUUCCUUGCCAGCCUACAGGAGGAAAAGCAAGGCUUACAGGAGGAAAAGCAAGGCUUACAGAAGGAUGA